AUGCUCAAGAAUGACAACACUAUCGAUCCGGUCCUAGAGGAGAAGAUUAUAAACGAGGAAUAUAAAAUAUGGAAGAAGAACUCGCCUUCCCUGUAUGACAUGGUCUUAACCCAUGCACUAGAAUGGCCCAGUUUGACUGUGCAGUGGCUUCCGGGAGGUGGAAGAAG